AUGGCUUCGGUAGCGUCAUUAUUCUCCCUGGCGGGGAGAACCGCUCUCAUCACCGGAGGCACUCGUGGCAUUGGGCAAGCAAUGGCCUUUGCCCUGGCCGAGGCUGGUGCAGAUAUCAUUCUAGUCCAGCGUGACGAGUCCAACACUGUCACUCGCGACGAGAUUAUCAACCGCCUGGGCCGCAAGGCGCACAUUCAUGUCGCCGAGCUGUCGGACCGAAAAGCCGUGAAGAACAUUGUGUCCGCGGUGGUCAGCCAAGGCUUCAAGCCUGACAUUCUUCUGAACUGCGCCGGCAUUCAACGACGACAUCCUAGCGAGAAAUUCCCGGAUGAGGACUGGGAUGAGGUCCUCGAAGUGAACUUGUCACAGGUCUUCGUGCUGUGUCGCGAAUUUGGCGCCUAUCUGCUUGGCCGCGAUGCGUCCGAGUUCCCUUCCGGCCGUCGUGGCUCCAUUAUUAACGUCGCCUCCCUGCUCACGUUCCAGGGCGGCAUCACCGUCCCCGCGUACGCGGCCUCCAAGGGCGGCGUUGGCCAAUUGACCAAGGCGCUCUCGAAUGAGUGGAUUUCAAAGGGGAUCAAUGUCAACGCCAUUGCCCCGGGCUACAUCGCGACGGAUAUGAACACUGCCCUCAUCAAUGACUCCAACCGAAACGCCGGCAUCAUGGCGCGGAUUCCUGCAGGCCGGUGGGGCCAGCCGGAGGACUUCAAGGGUGUGGUAGUCUUUUUAGCCAGUGCUGCGAGCAGCUAUGUCUCCGGUGAGAUUAUCACCGUGGAUGGGGGCUGGAUGGGUCGGUAA